AUGAAAAGAGAAAAAGAAAACAAACCAAUUCACAAAGAGAAAUCUGAAAAGUCAGAAAAGCCAGAAAAAAAAGUGCCUUCUAAAGAGGAGAAGAAAGCAAAGAGCGCCAAAGUGGAAACAAAAGUUAAAAAGGAAGUGAAGGAUGGAAAAGGAGAAGCAAAGAUGGCUGAGAAGGUCAAGCAGACGGAGACUAAAACAACAGAAGUUGGGUUAAUAAAGGCCAAACCAAAAUUUAAGGAGGAGAAAGCUCUUCAGACUCUUACUAAAUCGGAAAAGAAAGGUAAACAAAAUGAGGAGGAAACAGACGAAGAUCUUAAAAAAAUAGUAGACAAAAAGGAGAGAGAAUGAAGUUAGAACUGGCAAGGACCAAAACACACCCAUGAAAAAGAAAAGAGCAAAACAAAUUCCAGCUGCAUCUCAGGUCUCUAGAUGGAAACUAUCAAGAAUAAAAUAAGUUUAACUGA